CGGGCUCGGGGCGCGCGGAGCCCGCUGCAAGCGGCGCCCCCCGCUCCGCCCGCCCGCCCGGCCAGGAGCAGCGCCCGGGCCCUGGCCCUGGCCCUGGGCCGGCCAUGAAGGCGACCUGGUUCUGCACGGCGAGUCUGGGUGAAGGAUGCAGGUUGUUUGCAGUUCUGUUGCUGGUUUGCCAGUGGUCUGCAGAAGCAGCAGGAAUCACUGAUCAAAAAACUUCAGCUGUUGGAUCCUCAGUGCUGCUAAUUGCACCAGACAGCAUAAAGGAUGUGAACUAUAUACAAUGGGAAUAUAUUCAUGGUUCCUCAACCCACUUUAUUGUGCAGUACUAUAAGGAUUCAUCAGCUCCAACAAUCUAUGAGCACUUUGCAGGAAGAGUAGAUUUCAUUUCCUCCAAUGGCUCUCUUUUGUUGAAAGAAUUACAAGAGGCAGACAGUGGGAUCUACAAAGCUACUGUCAAUUUGAUAGAAAGUGAUGCCAGGAAAACCAUCCUCACAGUUAUCAAACCUUUGUCUGAGCCUCAGGUGUGGUGCAAUUCCAGCCUCGCAGGCUUCCCCAUCAAAAUAGUCUGUGAUGUUCAGGAAGGAAAAGUGGACAUGUUUUCCUGGGAGAAAGAGGGAGGCCCUCUCCCACCAGAGAGGUGCUACCAGUUGUCUAAAAACCGCAGCGUGCUGCACAUCAUGAAAGGGGAAAAAUCAGACUGUGGCUCCUACUCCUGCAAUGUCAGCAAUGAAAUAAGCUGGAAUGAAACCUCCCUGAACUUGACCAUUAUAGGUGUCUCAUCUUCGCUUGAGCAUGCUCAGACAAUGUCUGGUGUUGCACUGGUAUUUGCUCUGGUUGCUGUGCUGGGCUUUACUAUGCUGCUCUGUCAAUCAGCAAAGCGAAGAAUCAAGGGAGAAACAUGGAGAUGGCUGUUUGUGUUUAUCCAUGGGCUGGUGUGUCUCUCUUGUGUCCUGCUCUUUGUUGCCAUGGUCAUUUGGAUGCACAAUGAAGGUCCCUCUCCUGCCUUCAUAUUACUUGAGCUUUUCCUUCUGUAUGCAAUAAUAAUAACCAUCCUGGUAAUGGGAACACUGGCAUUGAAGCCAGCAAAGCUCAGUGGAUUCAAAACCAAAAUAUGGCAUCGUGUUAUCCUGGACUCUGCAGCUCCCGGAGCAAUGAUUGCAGUGGUGCUCUUUGCCUGUCUCCUACUCCAAAAAAUCCACCAACUCCAUGAGAGAGGCUGCUCACAACCCGCAGAUCUCACGGGGAGCACAGUCAUCUCAGCAGUUACAGCUCUUCUUGGCCUUCUGUUCCUCUUUAUAUGGUAUCACAAGACUCAAGUUCCCAAGAGAGAAGCAGAAUGCCCUGCUAGAGAACAGGUGCAGGAGCUAAGGGAAAGAACUCAGGAGCAACAGUAAGAAAGAAUAUGUUCUUUGCCAGCCAAGAGCUCUACUUCCACCCCAGGCCAGCUCCUGAAGAAGCUACAGACUACUUUGGGCAUCUGUUAUCGUAGGAAG